GCUAGUCGAUCAACCCAUCGUAGCGCUGCCGCAGCCAAGCGAGUCGCGGACCAACUGACGCUGGGUUAGCGACACCUUACAACACACCACGUUGCGCCAAACAGCAGGCGCUGCGAACUACUGCGAGCCGAAGUUGGCGUCGAAACAGGUUAGGUUGGAUUACUUCGUCUGUAUUGACAAAUCCGGCGUAUCCUGUUGGGAAUAAACGAGGAGCAGUGAAAACCGGCGACCUCGAGAAUCACCGACUCUUUGGCAGAAACAUGCUUGCGAGCAAAUUGUGUCGGUUCGUCCAUACCAAUAAUUCAGUAUGGCAGGCAACACAAAAGACAGUCUUAUCCGAACUGAGAAAAAAAACUGGCUACACCUUUGCAAAUUGUAGAAAAGCUCUUCAGCUUCAUGGAAAUGACUUACAGAAGGCCGAACAAUGGCUAACAGAGCAAGCGCAACAGCUGGGUUGGAUGAAGGCAACAAAACUUGAGGGCAGGGCGACGGGUCAAGGGCUAAUCGCAGUUUCAGUAAGCGACAAGCACGCAGUCUUGGUCGAGGUCAACUGUGAGACGGAUUUUGUUGCCAGAAACAAGUACUUCCAAGGUUUGGUAACAACUGUCGCAUCUGCGACAAUGAAAUUUGCCUCAAACUCAGUCUCCGGCACCGAUCUGGUGAACAAAGUCAGCCUGGAUUCUGAAACCCUCAAAGAACUCCCUGCACCUGACGGAAAGACCCUUGCUGAUCACUCUGCCCUCAUCAUCGGCAGUGUUGGAGAAAACCUUUCGCUUAGAAGAGCUCUGUGUGUCUCUGUCAACGAUGAUAUUCUCAUCGCCGGACUCUCUCACCCAGUGCCAGCCUCUCCAUCGGCGACACUGCUUGGCAAAUACGCUGCAAUUGUUGCAUACAGAGCUCCACCAAAAUCUGAACAGUUGGGGAAACGACUGUGCCAGCACAUCAUCGGAAUGAAUCCGGCCAAGAUCGGGGAAAAGGGUGUUGAUGAGCCAAAUCCAGUUUUGGAUGACGAAACAACAAUGAUUUACCAAGAAUACUUACUUGACCCAAAUAUUACGGUUGAACAAUUAUUAACUGAUAAUCAAGCUCAGGUUAUUGACUUUGCACGGUUCGAAACCGGAGAGACACUUGCAACAGAAAAACAACCCUUAGAAGCUGUGGAAACGUGCGGCUAAAUAUUUAAUUUGAUAAGAUAUGAUCAAUAAAUUAAACAAUUAUUCUAUUCA